AUGGCAAAAAGAACAGUAAUACAAACAUCACUUUAUUAUAAUGAAAACGUUACAGAUUAUAUAGCUAUUCAUCCCGAAGAUAAUAUGUUUUCAAAAGCGAAACGCGUGGAAAUUUGCAACCCAUAUGAUGUCGUCGAAUUUGAAGUUAUUCUACAUUCAACUGUUACACUAGGUGCAAUAGCACUGAAUCGUUUUCAACGUAAGAAAUAUCAUUUAAAGAAGUACCACAGCUAUUUCGUACGCUGUUGUUCAUCUGAAAAAUCUUCACGUACACUAUUCGAUAUAAUUAACGAACGAUUCGAUUUUAAAACAAAGAUUGGUGGAAUGGAAAGUGUGUUAGAAGAAAUAGCUGGUGAUGUCUUGCUUAGUCGACUUUAUCCUCAAAGUUUUAUUAGUAAAACACAAAUCAAUAAACCACGAGGCUUUCUUUUACACGGACGUCCUGGUACUGGUAAAACUUUACUUGCUCGAACAAUAUGUGACAUAUUAGAAGUGACUCCAAAAGUCAUACGUGGUCCAGAAAUAUUUUCAUGCAUGCUUGGCGAAUCGGAAAAGAAAAUCAGAGAAUUAUUCGACGAUGCUCGUCGUGAUCAAAAAGUUUACGGAGCAAAUAGCAAAUUACAUGUUAUUAUAUUCGAUGAAAUCGACGCAAUAUGCAAAAAUCGAGCACAUAGUGGUUUAGUACGUGACACCGUGCAUAAUAAUGUUACAGCUCAACUGCUUGCUGAAAUUGAUGGAAUGGUUUACCUGAACAACAUCCUUUUAAUGGGCACAACAAAUUUCCUCGAGGAAAUAGAUCCAGCACUUCUUCGUCCCGGACUCAUUGAGACAGUGAUUGAAAUCAAGUUACCAGAUGCGACUGCUCCUUCUCAAAUAUUCGAUAUCUAUACGAAGGCACUUCUUCGCAAUGGAGCUCUUAAUCAAGACGUGAAUACUAACAAUAUCAUCCAACGUACCGAAGGAAUGACCGGCUCUCAUGUGGAAAGACUUGUGCGAAUGGCGACUCAUGCUGCUAUGAAACGAGACAUUAUCGAACGAAAUAAGUUUGAUGUUACUGAAGAAGAAGGGGACACUCUAGAAGUUUGUAAUCGAGAUUUUUUGGAAGCUCUAUCAAAACUGCAACCGUAA